UAAUCAAGUAUCUCAUCCGCUGCUUUUGGGAAGGGCUGGGCUGGCUGGGAUCCGGCAGCCCCUCCUCUUCCUUCUCCCUCCUCCUCUUCCUCUCCCUCGCUCCCGGCCAGCCGCCUUUCCUCGGAGGGGCGAGACGCGCGCAGAGCCCACAGGCCCCUCUGGCCGCAAGCGAUGGGCGACAUCCCCGGCCUCGUGAAAAUCAGCGUCUCCCUCAAAAUCCAGCCCAACGACGGCGCCGUGUAUUUCAAGGUGGACGGGCAGCGCUUCGGUCAGAACCGCACCAUCAAGCUGCUGACCGGGGCCAAGUACAAGAUCGAGGUGUCCCUCCGACCCGGCACCAUCCAGGCCACGACCAUGGGCAUCGGCGGUGUUAAUGUCCCACUGGAAGAAAAAUCCCGUGAUGCACAAGUGGCCUCUUACACAGGGAUCUAUGACACUGAGGGGGUGCCCCAUACCAAAAGUGGGGAGAGACAGCCCAUCCAAGUCAACAUGCAGUUUAAUGACAUUGGAGUUUUUGAGACAGUCUGGCAAGUCAAAUUCUACAACUACCACAAACGGGAUCAUUGCCAGUGGGGAAACAGCUUUGGCAGUAUUGAGUACGAAUGCAAACCAAAUGAAACACGCAGUCUCAUGUGGAUCAAUAAAGAGACCUUCCACUGAAGAGAUGGGAAACCAAUACUGCUGGACAAUCUCCCUAAAAAAAAAAAAUCUACCUUUUUAAACCAGCAAGAAGCCUUAAUAAAGGCAUACUGUAACACUGCUUUGUCCAUAAGGUACCAGCAACUACAUUGUAUAUACAGGUGGUGCCACUAAAAUAUUUGCCUAUUACUGUAUUUUAGGUUUACCAUGGCACCUGCAACAUUCUUUAUCUGUCGCCCUGAGAAUCCUGAAAGGUUCAUGGUAAAGGAUUAUCUGAUAGCUUGGUAGGAUGUCAUAUCAUAAUACUGUUGUAAGUAUUUGGAUUAUUCUGACUAGAUGUAACAACUUUUGUGAAGUGUUUUGCUUCAUUGCUUAGAAUUUGGAUUAACAUCACAUUGGUGAUUUCUGUAUUUACAUUUGUGUUUGCUCCAAAAUUGGUGUGUUCUUUCAAGCAUUUUGUUGUACUGUCUUCCCAGUGGACACCAAAAAUUAAAAAUAUGGUUACUUGUAGGUUUAGCUAAAUGGCAGCUAAUGCACUGUUGGUAUUAUGCUUUCAUACCAAGGGAUUUGGGAACUCAUUCUCCCUUUUGUUAAGUGCUAUAAGAUAUUCUGUGAAGUUUGCUGAUUUACCGAAUCUCCUAAAGAGGAUUAUUUUUUGUUACGUUUUCCAGUCUUUGAAAUAGCAUUAGGAAAUGGUGCAAAACAUGAUGAAGGAAGAGCAAUAAGUCCAUUGUGUUAUCCAAGACAUCUAACAACAUGGCUAUGACCUAUCUUAAGAUCAUAUAGUAUCCUUGAGAGAUACAGCAGCCAUACCUAAUUUAUUUCCCAGAGUAAGAGUUCUGAUAUUAAACUCCAUUCUUAUUUUAAUUGCACAUUGAUGAGAUCAGUUAAAUCUUACAAAUUGACAUUUAUAAGCCUGACCACUGUAUUCAUUGACAAGAUUUCUGACCAACAAGCACUCAGUAGUGUGAAUGUGCAGAUCCCAGGGCAUGUUUAUACAUGCACUGCAGUCUUUCAAAUAAAGAUAAGCAUGCAAGCAUUUGCAUAGUUAUAACUAAAGGUGUUUCAUAAACACCUGAUCAGUGUUUAACUCAAACAGACAACACAAAACAGAUGUAUCUUUAAUUUCUGUAAAGACAGGGAAGGAAGGAAACAACUACACUUGUCCUGUCUUUAGCUUGGGUUGAAGUAAGCUGUCAGUUCCUGCAUAUCUGUUAUUCCCUUUGUGAAUAAUUUGUAAAUUGUAUAUGUAAAUGGUAAACAUGACUUUUGAUCUUUGUAAUAAAGGACCUAAACAAUUUCUUCUCUACUAUGGCCAUCUAAAUGAGCUGAAAACAUUGUAUAUAAAAAAGCAGUGGUUUUAGAGAAUCAGACAGUAGGUUGUAGGCAGCCAGUGCUUUCUGAGAAUGCAGUCCAAAGUACCUUCUGUUCUUCACCCAAACCUACUGUUUCUAGGAAACACAGAUCCAGUGUGCCAAAAUGCAGAUGGUUAAUGUGAUAACACUCAGAAGAGCUUAUUAAUAUGCAGUUAGUUCCAGAAAUAUAGUGUGAAAAAUAAAGACUUAGGACAGAAUUGAAUUAGCAAAGAAAUAUUUUCUUCCACUGAGUUAUUAAUCAAAAGGCUUUACUAGUUUUCUAGCCUUACUAGAUUUCUACUGCCAAAAGAACUGACAGUGGCACUGAUGUAAUCCAGCUGUGUAAGGGUGAGCUAGUCAGCUGCAUCUCUAUUCUAAGGCAAUAUUAUAUGGGCAAAUUUUACUAAAAUGAAAAUCUAGAAAUAAUCUUCUCCAUUAACUUCUUUCCUAGAUAUUUCUUAGCAAGAAUUCUUCAAAAUGAAAAAAACUGACCAAAUUGAAAUCUGCACUUCAGGCAGAAGUAUUACUGCCAGCAUUUUAGCAGAAGUUUCCAGAUAACAUGCUUUAAUUAUUCUAGACUUCCAGCUGUGAAUCAGUUCUGUCUCUACCUUACUAGAAAAGUGAUUUUAUUCUCCCAUAAUUUCCAUACUUUGGUUCAUUUUGUUUCUACAUACGAACACAUAUGUACACUGGCACACAAUACAUGUGACACAUAAAUUCACAGACUUCUGUCCUAGUAAAAAACAUGUAAGAUCCACAGUGUCCUAGCUCUCCAGCAUUUAAAAAAUGCUGCAAUGAAUAAAUCCAGCCAAUCCUGGCACAGGAGGAUUGUUAUUCUCAGCCAGCUGGAAGUAUACUCUUCCUAAGGCAAAUUCUCAUGCCCACAUUAAUGCCAAAUAGGGCAUCUUUUCACUUACAACCUAGCAGGUCCUGUAGCAGUUCAGUUGAGAGGAUGCUGAAGAAAAAGGCUGCAGAUGGAGCAGUUGCUUUUAAAAGAAAGGAGAGAUCAGCAAGAGCAACUGUUGCACAGGUCCCAUAUUCAAAGACUGAACAUUUCUGCAGAGGAUUGCAGCACCCCUUUCAUAGACAGCAGCAGGGAUAGAAAGGAUGAGAAUUGGUUAAUCACUUCUCUGGGGAAGGUGUAAAUGGCAUUUAUCAGCUCUUAUAUCCUCCCCUGGGUGAGGUUUAAACAUACAGAAAUGUGAUUUGCAUUAUUCUUAAAUAGAAGAUUAUUCAUGUGAUGUUGUUUGAGUAUCCAUACUACCAACUCUGAUACUCCACACAUGUAAAGCAAAAUAGUCCCAUCAACUUCCUCUUGUUCAUCAAGUGCUUUGCUAACAAAAUAAACUUUUGCUCCUAGUAAAGGAGACUCAAGACUUCAGCUGUUUCCUAAAAGUAAUGUUUUUCAUUGCUUCAGGACAACUCUGUUGAAUAUUCAUAGAAUUUGAGUCACUACAAAACUGCUGCUGUGACAGCUUGAUGCAUUAUUCAGUCAGCAGCAUUUAAAUCUCCAGACAAGUUUGUUCUUUACACAGCUUUUUCUAAUUAAUAUUUCCAUUUUUAUACAGAACUCAGUACUAUAAUUCAGGACACAGUACAGUAGGAUCAAAUAUAUAUGUCAGAAAAUGCUGACAAUGUGUCAAUCCAGCUGAAACCAGAAAGCACUCAUAGUUGGAGGUUUUAUAAAUAAGAGACUUCAAGAUUUUUGUAAUGAAAUGUCCAGCUGUCAUUCUCAUAAGAAAAAUGAAAUGAACAUUCCAAAUACUUGUGUCACUUUUUCAUCUAUAUUUAGAGGUAGCAGAUAACUCUUUGAUCCUGCUGAGUAACAGGAUUCAAAAGCAAGUUAUUAGUCAUGACUAUUACAGUUGUGAUCCUGCACAUUAUUAUUAUUAAAGUAUUAGAUCAUUAGAUUUUGCACAACACUUUGUGUUUAGUGCAGCUACUACAGACUUUGGUAUCUCCUACCAUCUGACUGCGUAUGAAACAGAAGUAAUACACCUCAAGUUUCAACUUCCACAUGGUAAAGAGGUUUAACUGGCUUCAGCUGAAGCUCUGUCCAUUGGUUUGCAAAUGCAGUGACCCUUACUGAUUCCAGACUAGCAAAGAAUCAGAGGACCUCAUUUAUAUAAUUCUUUGUAUAAAAGAUGUGAACAGAACUUCUGUACAAUAAAGGUGUAAGUUUUGUAAUACAAGG